AUGAAGGUCUUCUUCGGGUUCCUUCUGGCCUUGGCCGCCACAGCACUGGGUGGUUUCCCUCCGAAGCCACAAGGUGUGACUAUAGUCAACUCUAAGAGAACUCCUGGUGUAUCGAUCACUUACAAAGAGACACACUUCUGCGAGACUACAGCCGGAGUCAAAUCACACAGCGGCUAUGUUCACCUCCCAGCCUCUGUCCUCCAACAAUCAUACAACAACUCCAUGUUUUUCUGGUACUUCGAAGCUCGCAAGAAUCCCCAAAACGCUCCCCUGAUAAUCUACCUCGCUGGUGGUGUUGGCGAGAGCUCAAUGUUCGGUGCCACGAUGAUGGGCGGACCUUGCUACAUCAACGACGAUGCCAACAGCACCACUCUCAAUCCCUGGUCCUUUAACAACGAGGCCAAUGUGCUUUACAUUGACCAGCCAGUACAGACCGGCUUUUCUUAUGAUGUACUCGUCAAUGGGACCCUCGAUCAAAUGCAACAACCGGGUGGAUACUCUGUAGCUGACUUCUCGUCUGGUGUUCCUGAGACUAAUGCUACGUUCUUGGUUGGAACUUUUCCCAGCCAGAUGGAGAGCCAAACUGCAAACAGUUCGGUUGAUGCAUCUCAUGUGUUGUAUCACUUUACCCAGGCUUUUGUUAAUGAUUUCCCGAAGUACAAAACCAAAAACAAGAAGAUCAAUCUUUGGGCCAAUUCGUGGGGUGGCUUCUACGGUCCUUCAACACUUGCUUAUUUCGAGAUACAAAAUGAGCUCCUCAAAAGCAUUUCCAGCAACCCCCAAAAGUACUCAAUCCUCGACGUUGAUACCCUCGGUCUCUUGAACGGCUGUGUUGACACCCUCAUCGAGCAACCAUUCUACCCUCUCUACCUGCUGAACAACACGUACCUCCCCCUCAUCACGGAGCAGAACUACACCGACCGUAUAGACGCAUUCGCAACUCCGGGCGAGGGCUGCAAAGACCUCAUCAAUAUGUGUCGAGGAAACGCCGCCCUCCUGGACCCUCAGUUCCUCGGCACGAACCAAAUCGUCAACGACAUCUGUAAUAUCACCUUUCUCACCUGCUUUGCGGACGUGCAAGGAGGCAGCGACAUCCCGAACGCCACCGACCCCAACGCACUCCAUCGCAGCGCCUUCGACAUCUCGCACUUCCAGCCUGAAGCCUAUCCCUACACCCACAUCUCUACGUUCUUCAAUCGCGAAUGGGUCCAAUCUUCUCUCGGCGUUCCACUGAAUUUCUCUGCCUUCUCGAAUGCGGUGUGGAGCUACCCCUAUGGAGCCUUUGCGAAGACUGCUGACGGUAUCCGUGGCAACAAGUCGAACAUCGAAUACCUGCUUUUGCGGGGCAAGAAAGUCGUGCUUGUAUACGGCGACCGUGAUUACCGCUGCAACUGGCUCGGUGCGGAAGCUAUCUCCAAGUCCGUCUCCUUCCCUGGGCAAGAAAGGUUCAAGCAAAGUGGAUAUGCAGAGGUGGUUGUCAACAGCAUUUACAUCGGUGGUGUCACACGACAAGCUGAGAACCUUGCUUUCGUUCGGGUCUUUGAUGCUGGGCAUUACCCACAUGCUUCUCAGCCUGAGACGGUGUACAGGAUUCUGGAACGCAGCUUGAAGAACGUGGAUGUUGCGACGGGCAAUGAGAAAGCUGGUAAGGGCUGUGGAUAUCAGACGAAGGGUCCGGGCGACGCUUGGGGUUGGAGAAAUGUCCUGCCGAAGAGUCCCGAGCCUAUCUGCUCGACGUGGUAUGCUGAUAUCACUUGUAGUGAUGAGCAGUAUGCUGCGUUGGAGGAUGGCAGCGCGGUUGUGGAGCAUGAUUUGGUGGUUAGCCCUGCUGGAGCUGUUUUCAAUUGA